AUGACUUGGCUCUUCCUAGUACUUGGAGGAAAUAAUGAAACGGAUAGGAUGUCAUUGCUUGUCUUUAAGGCUCAAAUAAUUGACGACCCUCUUGGAAUUCUAAGCUCCUGGAAUGGUUCUCUGCAUUUCUGUGAGUGGGCUGGCAUUACUUGUAGUCCAAAGCACCAGAGAGUUACCAAGUUGGACCUCCAAUCAUUCAAGCUGAAAGGUCAUCUCUCUCCCCACAUUGGAAAUUUGAGCUUCCUUAGGGAAUUACACCUCGAAAACAAUAGCAUUUUCAACUACAUCCCUCCAGAGAUUGGCCGUCUUUCCCGGCUGCAAAUUCUUCACCUCCAAAACAAUUCCUUGAGUGGGGAAAUUCCGGUCAACAUAUCACGUUGUUCUAGUCUUCAAGAUCUCAGUCUUGGACAUAACAAGCUUACUGGUAAACUUCCAGAAGAUUUAUCCUUAUUAUCCAAGCUUGAGGUACUUUAUUUAAGCUCAAACAGUUUGAUUGGAAAAAUACCAUCUUCUUAUGGAAACCUUUCUUCUCUAGAGGUAUUGUCUGCAGGACAUAAUUAUUUUCUUGGUAGUAUUCCGGAUAGCUUUGGUCAGUUGAAGAGUUUAGCACAUCUUGGGCUUGGUUCAUGUAAUCUGAGCGGUACUCUGCCUCCUUCCAUAUACAAUCUCUCUUCUAUUACAAACUUUUAUGUACAUAUGAACAACCUUCAUGGAACUCUUCCUCCUAAUAUGGGUCAUACUCUUCCAAAUCUCGAAAAUCUUCUGUUCCAUACCAACCAGUUCAAUGGACAAAUUCCUGUUUCCAUCUCCAAUGCUUCGAAACUUACAUAUUUUGAAAUCUCACUAAACAACUUCGUCGGAAAAGUGCCUAGUUUUGCAGAUUUGUCCAAUUUGUAUUUUCUGGGAAUUCAAGGAAAUAAUCUGGGAUAUGGUGAGGCUGGUGACUUGGAAUUUGUUUCUUCUCUUGUCAACUGCACAAGUUUAGAAAUGUUAGAGAUCAAUCACAACAAUUUUGGCGGAGCCUUUCCCGAAUCUGUUAGCAACUUGUCAACAAAUAUGUGGGUGAUCAUGUUUGACGAGAAUCAGAUAAGUGGAAGCAUUCCAAGUGGGAUUGGAAAUCUUAUCAACUUGGAGCAGUUAGUGUUGGGGACAAACCAACUGACUGGUCUUAUUCCCAGCUCCAUAGGUAAACUCCAAAAGCUGAAAGAACUUUUACUUCAUGCCAAUAAACUUUCAGGUACUAUUCCAUCUUCUCUGGGAAAUUUAACUUCUUUGAUUCUAUUAUCUCUAUCCUCAAACAACUUACAUGGAAGCAUACCAUCAAGCCUUGGAAGAUGCAGAGAUUUGGUGGCAAUGAAUCUUUCAAGCAACAAUCUUAGCGGUUCCAUACCCAAAGAAGUGAUUGGUUUGUCAUCUUUAUCCUUGAUUUUGGAUUUAUCUACAAACAAUUUGACGGGUUCAAUUCACGGGGAUGUGGGUAAAUUGGUAAAUCUAGGCCAUCUGAACAUUUCUGAAAAUAAGUUAUCUGGUGAAAUUCCUCAAGAACUUGGUAGUUGCACAAUUUUGGUAUAUUUGUACUUGCAGGGAAAUUCAUUGCAAGGAAACAUCCCACAAACUUUAAGUUCAUUGAGAGGAAUUGCAGAAAUAAACCUUGCCGGAAACAACUUAUCUGGAGAAGUACCAAAAUUUUUGGAAGGUUUUCGCUUCUUGACCAAGUUAAAUUUAUCAUUCAAUGACUUUGAAGGUGAAAUACCAGUUGAAGGAGUUUUCAACAACGAAAGUGCACUUUCCAUCAUUGGAAACACAAAGCUCUGUGGAGGUAUACCGGAAUUGAACUUGCCCAGAUGCAAAUCUGAUCAGUCUAACAAAAAGAAAGUGCUAUCUCUCAAGUUGAAGUUAAUUAUAUCCUUCUCAAUUUCUUCUGGACUACUUUUAGUAAGUUUAAUUCUCUACCUUUUGCUUCAUGGACGACGGCGGUCAAAAUCAGAAACAAAUAAUAACUCAACUUUUGGAUCACCAAUGACGAUUUCAACGUUGAAAGUUUCAUAUGGUGAUCUCCUUAAAGCAACGAAUGGGUUUUCUUCUACAAAUGUGAUUGGAGCUGGAAGUUUCGGGUCAGUGUACAGAGGAGUACUAGAUAUGGAAGAAAGAACAGUUGCAAUAAAGGUACUCAACCUGGAAAGUUCUAAAGCUUGCAAAAGCUUUAUAGCGGAAUGUGAAGCUCUAAGAGGCAUUAGGCAUCGAAAUCUUGUGAAACUUGUAACUGCAUGUUCAAGUAUAGAUUAUCAUGGAAAUGAUUUCAAAGCUUUGGUUUAUGAAUUUAUGCCUAAUGGAAGUCUAGAUGAGUGGCUACAUACAGAGUUGGGACAAGAGCAGAGGCACUUGAAUAUUAUUCAGAGGAUAAAUAUUGCCAUAGAUGUGGCUAGUGCUUUAGAUUAUUUGCAUAAUCAGUGUCAUUUUUCGAUCGUCCAUUGUGAUUUGAAGCCGAGUAACAUUCUUUUGGACAAUGAAAUGGUUGCUUGUGUUGGAGAUUUUGGACUAGCACGGUUUCUUUCAGACCCUUCCCGUGUGUUUUCUUCGUUUCAGAGCAAGUCUGUUGGAAUAAACGGAUCUAUCGGCUACGUUGCGCCGGAGUAUGGUAUGGGAAGUGAGGUGUCAACAUAUGGAGAUGUGUACAGCUAUGGAAUUCUAUUGCUAGAGAUGCUUGCAGGAAAGAGACCCACCGAUGACAUGUUUAAAAAUGGAUUGAAUCUUCACAACUUGUUUUUGAUGGCAUUGCCUACAAGAGUAGAACAAGUUUUGGAUCCUGCUCUUCUUCAAGCAGAAGAAUGUGGAACCGCAAAUACAAAACGAGUUCAGGAGUGUUUGAUUUCCAUUGCUGGGAUUGGAGUUGCAUGUUCUGCAGAGAAUCCAAGAGAGAGGAUGGAGAUUAAAAAUGUUGUCACAGAGUUAUGCUUGUUGAGAGACUUACUUCUUGGAAACAAAGUUGCCUAG